GGUGGGAGGAGCUUAUAAUUAUGCGCAGUUACUGGUCUAUUAGGGAACUUUUAUUUUAUUUCCCAGUAUAAUACAGAUGGCGGCGAAAAACUCGCGGCGACGUCUUUAAGCGUCCAUUUAUCGGCAACCUGUUGUCGUCUCAAAGCAGGAAGUAGUGAGUUGCAGCAGUUGGCCUGUGAAUGUUCAGUUCUCAUGAUGACUGAUAACAGCCUGGAGGAGAGGAGUUUGGAAAUUAUUGAUAUUCCUGAUGAUUUGGACGACGACUUUCUAUCUCUCUAUUUUGAGAACAAGCGACGCUCUGGAGGAGGGAACGUGGUCUCUUUGGAGAGACAUGGAAACCAAGCGUUGGUAGUUUUUGAAGAUGCAGAGACUGCUGCGAGAGUUGUCUCCAAGUCCCAUGUCCUCCACAAUAUCACACUGACAUUGCGAAGGAAACCACCAAAAGACCCUGGAAAACUGUUGCUGAGAGGGCUAAAUCCACACACUUCCCUGGACCUUGUGGAGCUUUAUGUGGAAAACAUUAUUGGAAUGACCUUUGAAACAGACUUCAUCUUGUACCCAUCUCCAAACAAGGACCUGGUUCUAGUACACCUAAAGAAACCCUUGUCUAAAGAUUUUCAGGUGCUUAGUGAUGAAGUUUCCAAGAAGACUCUAAAUGGAGCAAAGGUCACUCUGGAGCAGGUAGAAUCUACAGACUCAGUUUUGGUGUCCAAUCUGUCUCCUGCCCACACUGAGGAUGUGCUGGAGCUCUAUUUUGGGAGUAGUCGUGGUGGAGGGGCGGAUGUUCUCGGAGUUAGCAUGCUGGCUAAAGGAUGUGCUAAAGUUUCUUUCAAGGAUGUGAAAUCUGUGGACUGCAUUCUCCAAAAAUCCCAUAAUUUGGAAGGUACAGAUUUAGUAAUCGAGCCGUACUUUGACUUCCUGCAUGCUGUGGUGGAUCAGUCGUCUGUGAGCGCUCAAGACGGACAGGGAACAUUAACGGAUUCGAUGAACCAAAAUGACAGGGUUUCAUCCCAAAAUCCUACUAUUUCUAACCCAACGGCGAACAUCACGUCAGGACACAGCGCUUCUCUCACGGACAACAUCACCAGUUUAGCGAAUAAAACUACUGCGUCUGCUCCUAAGCCAGCUGUUCAGAAGGAAUGUGUUAGCUUUAUAUCGGUGCCUGAUGUCACCAAACAUCAGCUCCUCAGUUUGAGUAAUUUGCCUGAGAACCUCACAAAGGCUCACCCCAAAUUUGAUGUCAGUCUAGCAAAAGAUGGCGUCCAAAUCAAAGGUCCUGACCAAAUUGAGGUUGAAAGACUUAAGAACAAAAUUCUGGAAUUCCUGACUGGUGUUGUUCAGGACCACCUGACAUAUGACAAACUUAAAGCUGAGUUUCUUACAAGGGAGGAUGUUAAAAAGAGGUUAAAUUUGUCUUUGAAAGAUUUACCAUCAAUCUACAGUGUGUCAGACUGUAUGGUCAUUGUAACAUCUUCAUCUCGUAGCGCAGUCAAACAGGCCCAAGACCUGAUAGAGUCCCAGAUAGCAGAGUUUACUGUGCCGAUGGCCAAAGAAUACGAGAGUGUACUCUUCUCAAAUGAUUGGUCUGACUUUCUGGUGUCUCUGGACUUCUGCUGUGCCAAAGUAUCCGACACUGAUGGAGUGAUUACUGUGGUCACCCUGACAGGGAUGGAAAAGGACAAAAAAGAGAAGAUCGUUGAGUUUCUUAGCACACCACAUCAGAAAGAGAUAGUCCUGUCUAUGGAACCAGGAAUGCUCAAAUUCCUGCAACUCCAUCAUCAAGGUCUACUGGCAGACAUGGGAGAGGUCAUUUUAUUCCCACUGGAGACUGGAGAUGGAUUGAGUAUUCAAGGAGAUUCGAAUGUGUGCCAGUCAACGGAGGAACUAUUAAGAGCUAUUAUUGGCACAGUCCUUACAAAGAACAUUGUGGUCAAGCAGCCUGGCAUUUCCCGUUUCCUGCUGGAGGAGGAGGGUGCCAGCAUACUGGCAGAGAUGACAGCCAAAUUCGAGGUCUACAUAGACAUGGCAAAAGUGCACUGGGAGCCUCUAGAAGACGAUGACAUAUUGGAGCUGGCAUCGAAAAUGACACCCUGUCAAAACUUCCAGAGAAGUUCCUCUGAAAAUUUCAUUCAGGACUUCAAUGUUGAAGUACCGAAUGGCCGCAACUCUACUGAUGCACAUACUUCAGCUCGUAUUGAAGAAGCUAAGAAGUUCUUGGCAGUUAUUGGCAGCGAUUUGAACCCCCAACCUUCUAGUUUAGAAUCCACAGACAUAGAAUCUCAAGAUCUGUAUUUAGACGAGAGCCAAGAUACUUUAGCAGUGGCAGAAGAUGAAGCCGACCCACCCCGUACACUGCAGACCCUUGACCACCAGAGCUCCUCUACAUCCAUGGACCCCUGCAGUCUAGAUGAAGACGCAAGCCUCUUGUUGGCGAUUCAGCUGUCUAUGGAGAUCAACCAGAGAUCGGACACAGAAGACAUCCAGAAGGCUCUAGAACUUUCCAGGAGCGACUCCAUGCCAACCGAGGAGAACAAACAACUGGAGAGAGCAUUUGAAAUGUCGUUGCAGGAUGCCAUCAAGUCAUCCAGUACAGCCGAGAUCUUCGUAUAUGCUAACUACACACAUGAUCUUGUAAGGGUGGACAUUGCAUUGGGCAAGAAGGUUGGAUUGAGGCAGUGUGAGGAGAAGGUCGAGAACAAAAACCUGAGGAAACUCUCCUCCCAUCAGAAGCGAUGCAUAGAGCUCAUUAAGAGGAAGCAUGCUGUAGAAAUCAACAUCCAGGGCACCACCGCCAUCCUCUCUGGCUUUAAAGAUUAUGUCUCUGAGGCCGUGAUUGACCUAAAGAAUGUCCUAAGAAGGACAGCGAACAUGAUGAACGAUGCUGAAAUCCUAAAGGCUGUACAGUGGGUGUGGUAUGAGCAGGGGUCUUCUAAGGCGAUACCAUACCCACCAGAAGCCACUGUCCUCAUUGAGAAUGCUUGGAUGAUGAAGCAGAAGAAGAUUGAUAUUCUGUUCAACAAUCAGCCAUACAGCAUUGACCUUGAGAAGAUGGAAGAGCAUAGUUUGGCAUCCGGAAAGUCUGUGCCUAUUAAACGGAAAAUGUUAAGCACGCAGGACUUGUACACGGAUGCUACAGAUGAAGAUUACAGUCUGCUAUCCAGCAUACCUGAAGUGUCUACAGUGGAUGUCGAUUCUGAUGAAUUUCAAGAGGUGGUCAAAGAGUUCUAUGACACCCUUCAGGACAACCACAACAAAAUCAAAAUUAUUAAGGUUGAGAAGCUCAUGAAUAAACUUCUGAAUGACCAGUACAGGCUGAAAAAGGCCAGCAUUGAACAGAGCUCCUCAGAGCCUCAGGUGGAACGCACCCUUUACCACGGCACCAGUGAAACCAGUGUGAAGGAGAUAUGCAUUCAUGGCUUCAACAGGAGCUUCUGUGGAAAAAAUGCAACUGUGUAUGGUCAGGGUGUGUACUUUGCGGUAAAUGCCACACUCUCUGUGUCAGACACCUACUCCCCACCCAAUGCGGACGGGCACAAGUUUAUUUUUGUGGCCAAAGUUCUCACCGGAGAGUUCACCGUGGGCAAACACGAGAUGAAAACAGCUCCGCUCAAGGAGAAUUCUGCCAUACCGUUCAGAUACCACAGUGUGACGGAUCAUAUCAACUCCCCGACUUUAUUUGUCAUCUUUAAUGACACACAGGCUUAUCCACAAUACCUUAUCACAUGCAAGAAGAUAUACAGUUAACUGCAUAAAUUUCAAACGCUUAUGUUGGCAUGCGUUCAUAUUGAUGGCAGUCAUGUCUAAUCAUUAAACUGGGGUUUAAGGACUGCAAUUACUUCACUGUUGAUGUUUUUACUUUAAACAAGAUUUUGUCUGAACAACAGUUGAGUGUUGUCACUCUGUUUUGUUUUGUUUUUAGAUUUUGUGAAUAAUUUGUGAAUAAUUAGUCAUUGCUAGUUUUUAAACAAAUGUAUUAAAUCAUAAAUGAUAUUUUUUUUGCUCUAAGCCUGUCAGAUUUACAUCACUCCCAUUAAUAUGUUUUGAAUGUCAAUAAAUAAAUAAAGUAAAUAAAUGAUGGAA